UGGUGUGUUAUGGAUAAUCCCAUAUGUUUCUCUCAUUACUUUAUAAAUAAACAAAACAUUAGGACAUUUAAAAAUGUUCUUAAUUUGAAAUAUCUAAAAGAAAAAGAUAGCAAAGUGUUUUGUGAAUAUAUAUUUGAAGACAAAUGUUUUGUGGACGAACUAUCCGAAACAUUUUUUAAUUUGAUCGACGAGGUAAGAAUUAAUGUUAGAAUUAACUGCAAAGAAGACUUUAAACAGUAUUUUCCUCGAUCUAUAUAUUCUGAAACUAUGAAAGCAGUUGCAAAGGAAGAUAUCUUCAUUGGAUGUAUGAAGGCUUUACAAGAUUUAAUACCUAAACACUUCUACGGUGGAAAUCAUAAUUUUAAAAUUUUUCGAAAACUAGUCCACACAAUUAUAUACAGUAUGAAUCGACAAUAUUUAUUUUUCUCAAAAAUAUUCAGAAAAUGGGACUUCUCUGUAUCUCCAUGGAAAACGCUUUAUAUUGAUACAUCUAGGAAAUUACUCUAUAGAUUUGUAGAUUGGAUUAUAAAAUAUGUAUUAUCGGCUAUUAUAAGCUUAAAUUUUUAUGUGACUACAUGUAAAUUAGAUUCAGAUGAAAAUAAGCUUUAUUUUUUUAAAAAAGAGCAUUGGCAAAGCUUUCAUGACAAAAAAGUCUGCAAUAUGCUCCUCACCAAAGUUAUUGAAAAAUAUGAAUUGAAAUUGGGUAAUAAAUGUAUCAAAAACAACAAUCUUCAGGAAAGAUUGUGUCUCAAGAAUCUUAAAAAAGACAUUCCAAAACUUCAUUUAAUACUUAAGCCUAAUAACAAUUGUAGAAUAAUUGUAUGCUACAAAAAUAAUCAGCUAAGUAAAGAUGAAAAAUAUAAGAUAAAAGAGAAAUUAAUUUUUAUAAAUUUAUUAACUGGCAAGACUCAAGAGAAAAUGGGGAAACAAUAUGAGUUACUCCAUGCAACAUGGCUUGAAAAAAAUAAACCAAAGCUGUAUUUUAUAAAAACAGAUCUUACUAAUGCUUUUGGUUCUAUUAAUAAACAGCAAUUAUUAAAGAUAAUUUAUAAAAAACAUUUAAUGUUACAAGAAUCAGAGAAAUGUAUUUUUAUGAAAAGAAAGUUAGCGCAGAAUUUUAAGGACAUUAUGUUGGAGUUACAAAAGCCUUUAUUAAUUCGUAUUGGAUCAACAAUUUAUGAAUGGAAAGAAGGUUUAGUACAAGGGUAUAAGUAUUCACCAGCCCUUUCUGAACUGUACUACUCUUAUAUGGAUAAAAUUUAUUUCCACGAACAUCAUACAAAUGUAAAAGAAUUGAAAUUAUUUACUCGAGUAGUGGAUGACUAUUUAUAUAUUACAAAUUCAUUAGAUGAUGCAAAAUCAUUUCUAAAUGCUUUAUCUAGAUAUAAAAAUGUCAAUUAUGAUAAGACAUUGGUAAAUUUUCCUCAUGAAUUUAUUAAAUUUAGCAAUACAAUGACAUUUUUGGGUUAUUCCUACGAUACUAACACUUUAACUGUUAGUCGGGCAAAUAAUGUAUAUUCAGGUCAAAUGUGUUAUAAGAUCUCCUUUUCCCAUGCUGUUACGAACCUUUAUAAAUUCUUAGAGAACCGUAUUGGAGUAUCGGGUAUUCAAAUAAGUGGUCAUAUUUUUAAUCUGCAUUAUAACACUGAGGAGUCAUUGUGGGAACAUAUAUUUAUAACAUUUUGUUUAGCAGCAAAUAAAUUUUGUACCAUAUUGUCUAUACUCUGCGAUGAAGAAGAGAUUGUAAAAUAUUUUUUUCUGUACAAGAAAAAGGUUACAGUUAAAUUAUGUAAUUUUAUUAUAGAAAUAAUAAUGAACAAUAAACCGAAAGAUUUAAAUUUCGUACAUUGUAUAAAUCAUUUGAGAUAUCUUUCAUAUAAAGCAUUGUUUUUAUGUUCAAAGUUGACAUCAAAAUGUAGUAUAUUGCUGCCAAUUAUCAAAUCAGAAUUAGCUAAAUCGAAUUGUAUGUCUGGUAAAUGGAAGGAACAUGCUAGUGUUUUAUAUACUAAUGGUAAAGUUUGUAAAUCAGCUGUUAGAGAAAUAUGCCGUAGACCGGAUUUAAAAAUAAUCAUGAAGAAAUUUGAAAAUUUACCUGAUGGAUUCCAAUGUUACAUUAGUAAUAAGUUGUUAAAUUAA